AUGGCUGUGGGGAGUGUGUGGCGGUCAACUCUAGGGGUUCAGAUUGCCCGAGGCCAAGAGCCUGGGGCAGUGGAGUUCCAACGUGCUAGGCGAACCUCCCUGGCCACUGGACCCGGUCCCCCAAAGUCCACGACCUCGAGCUUCCCUCGACCUGCUUUGAUCCAGACCUGCCCUGCUGUCCAACCGUCCCGUUCUUUGUCGUCGAUACCACCAGUCCCCCAGUCGCUCGACGGUCUUCUCACGACCAUCCUCUCUGUUCGGCAUCCGCAGACGCCGUCACCCAGAGCCAUCACCGAUGCAUAUAGCUACAACCAGCUGUUGCUCCAUCGCGUCGAUGCCCCUCUGUCCGUGAUCUCCUUGCUGGUCGAGAGAAACCCGAUCACGGCACAGGGUCGUCAUUUUCACGAAAGAGCAAUAGUUGCAGACGACUCGCCUCUCGUCUGCGCUGUGCUCGCUGCACUCUCCUCAAAGACGUCUUCCCACGCAUCCCCGUCACCCUCUCCCGGUCCCUCCGCUCGGGACGGCAGCGGCUCUGCCCAACUGCCACCUCACCCAACCCCGGCAUCUCCUGCCUUGUCGACCGCCUCAACAGCAGCCGACGAUCAAGACGCCGGCUCCUCUCCAGUUCUUCCGCCACUCCCUGCGCCUAGGCUACCUGGGCGGGCGCAAGAUCUUCUGAGGUCUACACCCAACGAAGUCGAGGACGAGGAAGCUCGCUUCGUGACUGCCAGCUGGGGCUCGCCAUACUCCCAGGGCGACCGUAAUCAUCUACGCGGAGAGAGCUUCAGCAGUGACCCUUCCGAGGACUCGCCUCUCCAUCAGCUAGCCUUCCAGACCCCGUUUCUGCGUCCACCGCCCCAGUUUGCUCCAGGACAGGUUGCUCAAUCAGACAGCUUCGUGAGCGCCGCGCAAGUCCUCGCCAAUCGGGUUCGAAGACCAACGCGUGGCCUGACUGAGGACUGGAUCCGUCAACAUACCGCUGGCGAGAACUCUGAAAGUCGCCAUUGGCUUAGUGACGGAGAAGACGGAAGCGAGCACUCUUCGCUGAGCGGCUCGCGAUCUGGUGAAGAGGGUCCUCUGUACAAGGACAGUCUUCAGACCCCCCGUGCCAAGCCAGCCACUGCCACGCGCAUUGCUCGUCGCACAUCGUCGCACCACCCCCGAAAAAGAUCCAGCGUCGAAACAUUAAAGCCCGAAACCAAGAACCAGGUCAUCGGUUCUCCUCUUGUCAACAUGACGUCCCCCGAUCUCGACACCCCCAGCCUAGAUGCUGUGAGCGAUCUCUCCGUGCCCAUCUCAUCACAGGACACGCUCGAAAGGCCACAGACGCCGCCAAAAACAAUAGCAAAGGUAGAAGCACUAGGGCCUCGAACGCCGGCGAGAGUCACCUUCAAGGAGCCUACCUUGACGCCCAGGCUGAGGAAGAAGGUUCCUUGGAAGGGCAAGAAUAUCUUGGUCCUCCUGCCGCGGGAUGACGAACGUGGCACCGAUGGCAGGGCUCCUAUGCCUCUGACAGCCGCCGAAACAGAACGUAUGUUCUCCUCUUGGGACGAGCUCGGAUAUGAUAUCUCUGGAUUCGACCUCGAGGCCGCGCAAGGUAGCCUCCAGUCCGAAGAGGGAUACUCCCAGAGCCGAAACACUUGGCCCGCAGACGAGGACCUCUCGAAGGAACGGGCAGAUCGGUAUUUCAAGGUUACACUGCCUGACCUGAAUGCCUGGAAGGACUAUGUGAAUGAGCUUCAAGAGGCCAAGCUACGUGCGCUGGGCGUCUCUUUCGGCGACGAGGAGCCUGCGCCUGCUCCAUCAAUGUCACCCGCCAUGACGGCGUCUGGAUUGAGCAGGCAGCCUUCUGUGCAGUACCCGCCCCUACCUUUUUCGCCUCCUCUGCCGACGUCGUCGGCUUCGAGCAACCCCGCCAUACCUGGAUUCCCGUUUCCUUCGCACUUCAUGCCUGGCGGACGGGCCUCUGCCGCCCAGAGCCCCGGCGUGCCGUCGAGUGCUUCACCAGCUUUCACUCCUGGACAUGCUUCAAAGUUCAACCCGCGCCAGUCCAUUUCCAUUCCCAUGGGGCACUCUCCUUUCCAGCCUGGCCAUCACGCGUCGCCUUCCCUCGCAGGCGGGCACUCCCCUUUCACGCCGGGCCACCAUGCUUCACCCUCGCUUGCUGGCUGGCCCAUGCACCAUGGACCUGGUCGUAUCGAUUCGCCAUCGCUUUUGCACGGUGUCUUGUCUCCUGUCUCGCCCUACACGCCCGAUGGCUUCCAUGCAGCCAGUCCAAUUUACCAUGCGCACCAGCGUCACCAGUCCUUGCAAUACCCCAUGAUGCCACACCAGCAGCUGGCGCAGCAGCCCUCAGCGAGAGCUUCGCCACGCUUGCAAGAGGUUCAGGAAGUUGACGAGGAGCCGAUCAACCAGAGCCCAUCGAAAACCCCGGAGCCUCACCACACGAACACGAACACGAACAAUGAUGACCUGCAGGCUGAGAUUGAUGACGCCGAGUACCAUCUGGAGGAGCAGAUGCGCAAUGAGCUUGAGCACGACGACUACAGCCCCCACAACGAAGAAAGGACUGCGGAUGAGUUGGUUUCUCUGCCCUCGGGCUCGAUCUCCGAGGACCCCUCUUACAUGCACAGCAGAGAAGCAUCGAUGCAGUUUCAGGCUCCAAUGCACUUUGCGACUCAGAUUGGAGACGGGCCUGAGCUGCAGCACCCUCGCCCCCACAGCAGAGGUCACUCGCUCACGAAGAACUACUUCCAAGACGAGCAUCGUGACAACGCAAACCACGACGGCAGCAACAGUUUCAACGCCUGGCAGGAUAUGGAAACGCAGCAGGCAGACGACGCUGCUGAGAUUGAGACGAAUCCUAGCAAUCUGGGCACGCCAGUGCAAGAUUUCCACCUUGCCAACAUCUUGCAGCAGCACCAGCGUAACUUUAGCACCGCCAGCAACCCGUGGAGCGAGGUUGCAUCUGUGACCGCCAAUGCGGGGAAUCAACGACGCCUGAGCCACGCAAGCAAGCCUUCUCUCUCGAAACUCAAUGUCAAGGCCCCCGAGUUCAAAUUCAACCCUGGCAAGGAGUUUACGCCGAGUGGCCAAUUUGUCUUUGGCAACACUGCCUUCCAACCACCGGCUCAGACACAAGUCUUCCAUGCGGAAUCAGAGCCGUUUGUGCCAUCCGUUGUCUCGCCCUCCGGCCACUCGUUCGGUGCUCCUUCAUUCUCUUCGAGCAUGAAUGCCGGCGUCGCGCCUUUCUCGCCCGGCACCAGUACCUUCAACUUCUCGAUGUCUGGGCCUAAGUUCCGUCCCGAUGCGAUUCCCUUUACGCCUUCUGGUGGCUUGUCGGAUGCCUUCACCAGCCCGAAUGCUUCAGGCGCUGACACUGCUGCGACUGGCCCUAAGUCCAUCUUUGGCAAUAUCAAUCUUGCGGAAGCUCUGACUUCAAAGAAGUCGAAGGCUAUCCCCAUCGUCCCGCCAGUCAGCCGAGAUCCUAAGCCAACUAAGGGAAUUCCAUAUGAGGUUGAUGAGGAAGGCCGUGUCGUCAACGCUGCUGGCCCCAAGCGGAGACAGGAAGUGGCCAGAGACGAUGGCGAUGACGUGCCUCGCUUUGCCGAGCCUACGCCGUCGCCCCAGCCUGCAUUUGCCCAGCCCGUAGCAUCUGUUGAGCAAGACGCCGUGGACGUGCGCUCCGGCGACGACGGCGAUGCGACACCCGGCGACACGACAAUGUCUUCCACCAGCGUGUCCGAACAGAUGGUUGACUCCAAGGCCAUUACGGCGACAAGUCCAUCCGAUGGCGGCAGAGAUCAGCUGAACUGGACUCCCUUCGACUUCGAAAGGAAGAACGAUGCGCAAGUGUUCAAUGAUGCCCGACCUUUCGGCCAAGACUUCUUCAAGAGGGGACACAAAAAGAGCCUCUCAGCUACUGCCCAAGCGUUCGUUCCUGGCGGGUCCUGGCAAAAUGUUGAGGAGCCCGAAUCCAAUGUUGAGGAUGAUGAAGACGAGCAAGACCGGGACAGGGAGGCCACUAUUGAGCCUCCCACUCACCAGGUCGAGGCUAUUGACGCUCAUGAAGUUGUGGCUGAGGCGGAGGAGGAGCAGAUCGAGGACGCACGUGAGCCGACGCCAGUGUUUGAGCAGCCUCCUGAAGAGAAGACAGCCCACGUUCCUGUCGAGCAACAGAGCGACCAACCCCUACUGUCCAGGGGACUCGGGGCCUCCCGCUUUGCUUCGCCUCCACCGAAGCCCAAGGGCCUCAAGGCGUCUCGAUUCGCAUCGCCUCCCAAGCCGGCACACAGGGAGGUCGAGUUGCCGCCAUCGCAAAGUUUGUCGCCCGAUAGUCGCACCUCGAACUGGGCCGACGAUGUUUCCGAGGAGUUGCCCCAGUCUGGCCCGGAGCACGAACCCACUUUCGAGGAGAUCGAUGCCAUCAUGGACCACCUCAACCAAAACGACCCUAUGAUGGGAGUCAACAAGCAGGCCACCGAGGAGCCUCGCUGGGCUCAGCCCAGUCCUACCAGGCACAUCUCCAUUGCCGACGUUACCAACUCUUCUCCCUUCCACUUGCAGCCCGCAGCCCAUUCCACUGUGGGUGCGUCCAGCCCCGAGCCUCGCAAAUACCACCAGCUUCCGAACCUGGCUCCGCCGAUCCCCACAACCGAGUUGGAGGAUCCUUUCGUCGAUCCUCCGCAGAGUGCCCAGUCGUUCAACGCCCCUGUACACCGCCUCAACGGAAGCGAGGGCGUUGCCAACAGCGACUGGGAUGGUACGUUCAGCGAUGAUGAGCAAGAGAAGCUCGGCCAGCGCGUUCAAUUCUUCGAUGGACGCGUUAACGAUGUUGUCGGCGAUCUUCUCGAGGCCCGCCUGCAACCGUUGGAAAAGACGCUGCUCGCCAUCGAACGCCAUUUCACUUCACAGGCAGGCACCUCAGCUCGUCGCGAGCGCCGCAGCAUGUCCGCUGAAGUGCAAGAGAGCGAUGCCGAUGACGAAGACGAGGAGCCGGUCCUGCGUCGGUCAAUGAGCCCCCGCCGGGAUCGCAGGAUGGACCAGAUCCGUACCACCAUUCUCGACGCUUUCGCCAUGCAGCAGCGUGGAGUCCCCACAUCGGCUCCUGCUGGUGAUGCUUCCUCGGAAGUUGUCCUGCGGGCGCUGGCUGAGAUGAAGGAGCAGAUUGGCCAGAGCCUGCCCUCGGAGCCCCGUGGUGCUGAGCUCCGCAGCAUCAUCGAGGAAGUUGUCGAGCGUCGUCUGCCGCCUGUUGCGCAGCCCACCAUUACGGCUGAUGCCGACUCUGAAUACAAGAGCAAGAUUGCUGACCUGGAAGAACGCCUGCGCGUGGAGAAGGACCGUGCUGACAAAGAAACGACCAGCCGCCGUGAGUCGGAAGAGCAGGCAGCGGAGCUUCAACGGAAUCUGCAGGCCGCAGAGACCCGUCUCGAGGUCGAGAUCAUGAACCGCAGUAUCUAUGAUCAACGUUCUGUCGAUCUCGAUGAAAAGCUUAAGCAGCAGGAAGCCCAAACUGAAAAGGAGCUUCAAGCCCGACGCUCCGCAGAGGACAGACUCUCCGAAGUCCAGCGCCUGCUCCGCAUCUCUUCUGAGGAGGAGAACCGCCUUCGCGAGGUCGUUGAAGAGCGUGACCAAAGGAUCAAGGCGAUUGAGGUGUCAGGCGCUAAGAAUAAUAUGCGCAUGUCGCUGCUCGAAGCGGACCAGAACAACAGCAACCAUUCGAGGACCGAGCUCAUCAAGAGGACCAACGUGCUUGAACACGACCUCCGCGAGGCUCGACAGGAAGCUCUGCACUUCAAGGCUGAGACUGACCGUGCGGCUGAGACUUCUCGUCGCCAGCUCAACGAGCUCGAUCACGCACUCGAGGAGAACAGGCAGCAGCAGAGGUUCCUUGAUACCCUCGGAACACAACUCCAAGAGAACGAGAGGGUACGCGAGAGCUGGCGGUCUAAGUUCCUGGCUUUGCAGGAGGAGAUGACCACAGCAGCCCGCGAGAUCACCGAGGAACACUCCCGCAGGACUAAGAGGGAGCAGACACUUGUUGCUCGCCAAGAGGUUCUCGAUGCUAGGCUCCAAGCCGAGGCUCGAACUAGGGAGCGUCUUGAGGCUGAGAUUGAACGUCUUGAGAACGGCGAACGCCAGGGCCUGCGUGCUGUUGGUGAAUGCAACCGCCUGGAGUCUCUCCUCGCCGAGUUGAGGACUGAGAACCACAAGCUCGAGCAAAAGGCCAUGCGUCACCAGCGCGAGUUUGAGGAGGCCAGGGAGUCCGGAGCCAGCGAGGUUCAGCGCACGCGCCGUUCCAUGCAGUCCGAGAUUGACGAGGCCAACAACCAAGUCAAUUAUGUUCGACGCGACCUUGAGGAGCAGAUCUCCAAGCUUCAGGCUGAACUUGACCAGGCCAAUGUUGAUGUCGAGUCAGCCAAGGCGCAGGCGGAGAUGCUCGUCGAGGAAGUCCAGACAAACAAGACAACUGAGAUUGAGCAGCUCAAGGAGAAGCAUCAGAAUGAGGUCGAGGACCUGCACACCCGCCACGCUAUGCAGCUAGGCAACACCGUCGAGGAGGCCCAGAAGGCUGAACAGCACCUACUUGAGCGCCUUAGCUUCUCCGCGUCCAAGACGGAGCAUCUUCAAGACCGCGUCGCCCAUCUCGAAGAGAAGCUCGAGAUUGCCAAGGAAGCUGCUCUUGCAGCUGCCAAGCGCGCCAAGUCGCCUGUUGUCGAGCACGCACAGCCUAAUUUCGCUGCCCCUGUCUCUACUGGCGCUGCAGCCCCAGUCACGGCCGCGCCCAUGCCGGCUGCGAAGUCCAUGGAACUGCCGGAGAAGAUCUCGCCGCAGGCGCUCCGUGAAUCCAUCAUGGUGCUCCAGGAGCAGCUGCAGGCGCGCGAACAGCGCAUCGAGGAACUCGAGCAAAACAUUGAGAGGCUGGAUCCUGAAGCGCCAACCAAGAUUUCCAAGCGGGACGACGAGAUCACAUGGCUGCGUGAGCUUCUCGCUGUCAGGCACGCUGACCUUCAGGACAUCAUCGCUGCUCUCUCUGGCGAAGACUAUAACCGCGAGGCCGUGAAGGACGCUGCCAUCCGUCUCAAGGCCAACCUCCAAAUGGAAGAGCAGGAACGAGAACGAGCUCUGAACGGCGGCUCGGCCAUCAACCUGCUACAGGCCGCUUCUCCUCGCAUGGCACAGGCUGUUAGCCCCUUCGCUGCCGCUUGGGGAAACUGGCGCAAGUCCCAGCAACAGCAGCAGCAACAACAGCCAAGCUAUCGAAGCAUUUCUGGUGUCAUGUCGUCGCCAGCAGGCCCUGCCUCGAGGAACAACUCGACGCCCUCGCGGUCGACCAGCUCUCAGAUGCCCAGCAGCUUCCUCGGUGGACUGCUCACUCCGCCGGCUUCCAACCUACGCCAGACCCCUUCACCCAAGCCCGGACCGAGCCAGCCUACGGCUUUUAACAACACCGGCCGUCGUUUGACUUCAGCUGAGCUCGCACAACGUUCGCGCAAACCCUCUGUCACGGCGAAGCAGGCACAGAAGAUGCCGCAGACCAGCUUGCAAGGCGAGCCCACUCCGCCGCGCCGACUGAGCCAGAGCCACCCGGCGACGCCUCCGAUGAUGCAGCCCAGCUCGUAUGACUCGGAUGCGCACGCGGGUGACUUUGACGACAACGACUUCUUCGAGGAGGACUAA